AGGUUAUACUCAUUUACAAUCACUUAUUCGUCCACGUUUUGAAGCUUUAUUUUGACUUUUUGUUUUCAAAUAAAUCAUAUAUAAUUAUGGUAUUAGGUAAAAUAGUUCAUUUUGCAGCUGAUGCAGUACUCGUCUCUGCUGUAUUAGCUGGUAUUAAACGAUCAACUGGAUUAUCGGUUGCAACACAUAAAAUUGAAAAUCAAGAAAUAAAAAGUGCAGUUGUUAAAUUUUUAAAUGUAGGGGAAUGGGUCGUGGAUCAAAGUAUUUUGAUUAUUAGUAAUUCCUCUUAUUUUGAACGUAAACGAUAAUACAAUUAGUUCAUUAAGAAUUAAUUUUUUUUUUUGUUUUUUUACUGCGAAUUAUAAUUUCUUGGAAAAUUUCUAAUGAAUAAUGCAUCAUAAAAAAAACAUGAUACAAGGGGAAUCAUUUAUAUUUAGUGUUGAUUUUAUUUUGAAUACGUAAAUAUGAAAGGAUUGAAAAGUUGAAUUUUUGAAGAAGCAAAUCGUUUAAUUUGAUUAUAGUUAUUAUAAUUUUAUUAAGUUUAUUUAUACAGUAUUUCAUAUUUUUAUAGCACAGUUAAGGAAAA